GAUCCCUUUAUCUUCGGUCUCGGCCUGAAAACCUUUCCUUCUUGCUCAUCGUUUUCCACAGAGAGAGAGAGAGAGAGAGAGACAGAGAGAGAGAGAGAGAGAGAGAGAGAGAGAGAGAGAGUAUCAGUGUAUGAGGAGAGAGAAGGUGAGAGGUACUGCUAUAUAGAGAGAGAAAGUGAGGCUGUGAGGCAUUUAGUUACAAUUACGUCCUGAUCGCAACUUCGGCCGACCUUUCUCUCAGAAAAAAGUUGCAGAGAGGUUCUUUAACAACAGUAGUUUGGAAAUCAGUCGCAGAUUGGAAAUCCUUGUUCAAUAAAAAAAAAAGACAGGUUGGAAAAUUAGGCUUCUAGACUCUGUCUGCUCGGGAGCUCUUUAGUGCUUCACAUGCCCUCCAUGAGGGUCUUGUCAUGGAAGUCUGCAAAAGGUGCAUUUGUUUUCUUGAGCUCCUCUAGCAUUUUUCUAGACCUUCUCUUGUGAUACGAAGUAUCAUGUGUGUGUCCAUCCAGAAUAGGGUAGAUUUAUUUGAGAGGACCAUCUAUUUGAGCUUGAUAAUGAAAUCCACAUCCCGAGUUUUCCAGAUUUAUUUGCGUGUGUGUUGACCCCAAGAUCUUUCAGGCAAGGCAUAGCCGGUAGAGUUUUUGGGAGGCUAUUCAAGAUCUGAUCCCAUAAUUAAAUUGAAGGACUGUAGAAAGCUUCUAGCCCGUGUAACAUUCUUGUUCUGGAACCAACAACCUGGUAUGCCACAACCUCAGCCAAGGCAGCAGCCUGGGCUUAAUGACAUACAGAUGUUGCAGCGGCACAUAAUGCUAAAGCAGUUGCAAGAACACAGGAGGCAACAGCAACUUCAGGAAUCAGGUUAUGAAAGGCAGCAGAACCACUUUAACCACCCAUCUGCCACAAAUAAGCCAGCCGUCGGAGGUCAUUUUUUGCCUCUGAUGAAUGGCACUCCUAUUCAUGAUGCAUCACAGAUGUUAAUGGCCGGUAACAUGGCCUUUGCGCAUCAUGGUGCAUCAUCAGCUGUCCAAGGAUUUCCAAAUGGUUUGUAUUCACGAGGUCAAAGUCAGGAUAUGUAUUCGAUGGGUCGUGUGCCUCAACAGCUUGAAGCAUCUAUGUAUGGAACUCCUAUUACAAGCUCAAGAAAUAAUACAAAUCAAUAUGAUCAUCCACAAGGGUUAUCUCAUUAUUCUGCUGAAGUGUUGACCAAGGCUAGUGAUAACCAAACAGAGAAACCUACAAUACAGUCAACAGAUUUUGGUAACUCAUUUGUUAGUGAAAACUACAAUAUUUCUUCAGAUCAGGUUCGUAUGUCUGAUGGAGCUUCCAAGCAGUUCUUCCCUGGGAGAAUUCUACCAGAGAACUUCCAGCAAGUAAAUGCCCUGCAAAGGAGUGCAUCACCGCAUGAAUUCAAUGAGAGGCAAGAGCAAGGUGGUUGGCCUGGAAAAAUUCCAGGAAGUACGGCGCAGUCUGAUCCUUCUCAGGGUUUGACUACUCUAGAUCCACUAGAACAGAAAAUUUUGUUCAAUAUGGAUGACGACAGUUGGAAUGCUUCUUUUGGUAGGAAAGCUGACAUGGGCACAGGGGGGUUUGGGAAUUCAUUGGAAUACCCAGAUUAUGACAGCUCAUUUCCUUCCAUUCAAAGUGGGAGCUGGAGUGCUCUGAUGCAGUCUGCUGUUGCGGAAGCUUCUAGCAGUGAUACUGGGUUACAAGAAGAGUGGAGUGGCUUGAGUUUUCAGAAUACAGAACCUUCGAUUGAUAAUCAGCCCUCAACGUUUGUGCAAAGUCGAAAUCAACAAACUGGGUGGGUUGAUAAACCUCAACUUCUGGUCAAUGAUUCCAAUAUGAGCUCUGACUUCCCUGGGUUCCAGCAGUUGGGCCUCCAGUUCUCAAUCAAACAGAGGGACGGGAUGCGAUCUGAUUCCUCUCAUGAAUCUGUGCAGCAGUCUCCCAAAAUGGCUCCCAAGUGGUUAGAUUCUAGUUCUCGACAGAAUCAACCAAUUGAGGAAAGUCAUACAAUUCCACCUUUGGAAAAUACAUGGCCUUGGCAAAGUCUUGUGCAAUCAGAUGGCAAUGUGCAGGGGCAGAACAUAUCCUCAUAUAACAGUCACCAACCUGAUGAUAAACUGAUUAGAAGAAACUUAGAAUCCACUUCACCCAGUGGAAACACUACAAUGAAUGCUUUUGACGAUGGGAAUAGUAUAAACAUGAAUGGAGCUGUGUACACGGAAAAGGGUCCUGAAGCAUAUCGGACUUCUCAGAAUUACCACCAAAGGGAGGAUUCUAAUGACAGGUAUCGCUCCAAUGCAUCCCAGCACACCAUAACAGAAGAUGAAACGAGAGAGAACAUGUGGCUGCAUGCAAGGGUUAAUCAAAAUGCAUCUGGUCAGGUCCUGAGCCAAGAGAUCUCCCGGGGAUCGAGCAGUCAUCAACAAGGAUAUGUUGCACACUUCAAUUUUGUUGGUGAUGCUUUUGACAACGCUGUAGACAUGGAAAAGGGAAGCAUGGCUGAUAUUCAAAGAAAUUCAAAAGCAUCAGAGGAGGUACCUAGUAGGGGAAAUAUUCGAGCUAAUGUAUCUGCCUCCUUGGAUAGAUCAGCUGGUAUUUAUGGUUCAAAUCUAACUUCUGAGACCAGACAAAAUAUGCUUGAGCUUCUUCACAAAGUUGAUUACACCGGGGAUCAAAGAACUGUAACACACGUCAGCUCUACUGACUCUAGCUCUGUACUGGAAGCUCCGGAACCAGAAACGCCUGAGACAUCUAUGGCUAAAUCACAUGAUCAAUAUUCCGGGUCACAACGCUUUGGCUUAAGGUUGGCCCCUCCAUCACAGCAGUCGCCCACUUCAAACCAUUUGUUCUCCUUGCAGAGCCCUACACAAUCGGGAAACUCUGCUGCGACAUCCCCAGGUCCUCUUCAUCUAAGAAAUCAGCUUCACAGGCCACCUGUAGCGAUUGACUCUCCAAAAGCAACAUUUCCUGGUAUGGGUAAUAGACUUCCACAAUUUAACCACGAUACCUCUCAAGGAGUAUCCCAACCAGUUUCUAUCAAUUUUGGUCGCCAAUUCCCCUUCUUGGAGGCUGUGGCAGGCAGUCAUCCCUCUCUACCAUCAUCUCUACAACUCGGCUCUUCGACGCCACCCAGUUUAUGGGCAAAUCUACAGAGUCAACCAGGUCCAUCUGGCAUAGAACCUCCCAAACUUCCAUCUGAUUUUCCCAUCUCUGGUGAUUCACCAAAUUCCAAUCGCCAGACUCAUCCAUGGGCUACGAGAAAGCAAACUGUGUCUGGGGAAUCGGGUGUAUGGUCUGUGAAUUCACAAGGCCUCGACUAUGGAGAGGAGCACACCGGGAAGAAAAGGUCAGGUCAACAAAUUCAUUCAGACAUAGUUGACCAAGUUUCACAUACAGGGGGAUUGUUUCAACAGAAGAACUAUGAAAAUGCAAGGCAUGGUGACCAACAGAAACCAGCUGUUUCUGCAACAGAUCUUGAAGCCUUUGGUCGCUCUUUGAAACCAUCUAAUCUUCAUCAGAAUUAUUCUCUCUUGCAUCAAGUAAGCUCUUUGAACAAUGUGAAGACUGAUUCAGGUACGAUGAUUCCAGAGAAAAAUCAUGGAGCAGGUUCUGAUUUGAAUCAUCAGCAGUUACCUGCUGUUUCAGGACAUCAGAUGAUGUACGGACAUAAUUCAGGCGUCAACAAUCCUAUAAAUAGUGGACUGAAUGUGGCAGCACGGCUGGACUCCUUUACCAAUAGGGAUGUUAAAAUGCUGAGUUUUGAUGAAUCUACCAACGCUUCUUGGGAGAUGGCCAAAAGUGGUCGAAGUUAUUCGCAAAUUGAUUCUACUAGUGAUAAUAUGGCACCUUCUAGAACAGAACAUUCCCAGAUUAGUUUUCCAAUGGCACCAUCUUGGUUUAAGCAUUAUGGAACCGUGCAAAAUAGCCAGAUGCCAAUGUAUGAUGCAAGGACAGUCACGAAUUCUGCACAUCAGUUUCCUUUUAGGAACCCUUUUGAUAAUUCUCACAUGAGCCCUUCUAUGGUCCAAUUGAAUGCUGCUAGUGCCAGUCAGCUUACAGCUGCCACCUUGGCAGUGGGUAAAUCACCACCUCCGAGUGUGUUGCCUCCAGAGGCCAUUACAUGGAAUUUGUCCUCCAUGAGUUCAAGGAAGCGUAAAAAAGCAACGACUGAGCUUCUACCAUGGCACCAGGAAGUGACACAUAGUUCCAAGAGGGUUCACUCCAUCAGCGAGGCAGAAAUAGAAUGGGCAGAAGCUGCGAAUCGUUUUAUUGAAAAGGUCGAAUAUGGGGCCGAAAUGGUUGAAGAAGCUCAGCCUUUGGUCCGAUUUAAAAGACGACUUGUCCUUACAACACAGCUUGUGCAGCAGUUGUUUAUGCCUGCGCCCGCAGCCAUUCUUUCUGCAGAUGCCACUUCAAACUAUGACAGCGUGGCAUACUUUGCUGCUAAGCUGGCAUUAGGUGAUGCAUGCAAUCUGGCCUCUUGCUCAAGAAGUGAUUCCGCCCUCUCUUCCGAAGGCUGUGAUAUGGUCUAUGAGAAGCCCAAAACUUCUGAGAGAAUUGGGGAGGAUUAUUUCUCAAAAAUUGCGGAAGACUUCAUAAGCCGAGCGAAUAAGCUGGAAAGCGACUUGUUCAGUUGGUGUUGCAGUUUGGAAAAGAAAGCAUUGAUUGCAGACCUAAGAGUGGAAUACCAAGAACUGGAGAGAUUCUGUAUCCAAAACCGCUUCGCAAAGUUCCACUCCCGGGUACAACCAGAUGCUGCAGAGACCUCAUCAUCUAAUGGCGCAACUCUGACUGUACCCAAAUCAUUACCACAGAGAUAUGUCACUGCCUUUCCUAUGCCUAUGGCAGUGCCUGAGGAUGCACCAUGCUUUUCGCUUUGAUCACUAAUGACCUUUACUUCCCUUCUCGUGUGCCCUUCAAUCUAUACUCCUGCAAAGAAAAUGACACGAAAAAAGGUACCCUAAAAAUGGAAUGCAAGGGUAGGGGACUGCUAGUAGUUGAGGACUUGAGGCCGUUCGAUCAUUUGGAUCAAAAGACCAAUUGUUGUCAAUUUUGAGAAAGUAUAUAUCGUUGUAUGUAUAUUUUAUGAGAAUGUAAGGAGAAUCAUGGAUUCACCCAAUCUUCUACUCCUCGCUAGGGUUAUUAUCUCAAUCAACUAACGUCGAUGUGUAUUUAUAUCUUUUUCGAUC